AUGACGCACCUGGCGAUCUGCACGCUAGCACUCGCUGCGCUGGCAGGUGCGAGCCCGUCGGGACUGCAGGACCUGGCUGCGUACCCGAAGUACGAGGUGCAGUUCCUCGCCGACCGGCCCAUCAAGCUGAGCGACGCGCAGCGGUGCGAACGAUACGGUCUCGCGAGCGACGACGACUGGCUCGACCUGCGGCCACGAUCAGGGAAUGAGAAGCGCGACAAGGAUCGGGGCCGGAUAGAGGGCUCGUCCUCUGCGACGCAAGCGUCGACAUCAACUGAGGUCACGAGGGACGACCUCGAGAAGGGGCACCAGGUCCAGGCUCGGCAGACGGGGGAGGUUGCUGGAUCGCAAACGUCACCGAAGCUCAUUCGCAUGCACUUCACGCAUGAGGAAUAUGACGUGCCGCAUGCGUAUAUGUGCGCCCUUCCCAGCAAGAACACUACGGACGCGCAGCAGGCUGCGGCGAGGGCGAAGCAGGACGAGCCGGAGCCGGAUCCUAAUAAGUCCUGGCAGGCGCUGGACUACCUCGAAGACAGGUGUCUCUACGCUACACACGGCUGGUUUACAUAUGCGUACUGUCACAACCAGUACGUGCGACAGUUCCACCAGGCGCCGGGCGGCAAACCUGGCCCGAACGGCUUCGAGCCGAAGGAAGACACGAACUACGAGGCGUACAACCUUGGCUUCUCGAAGGGGAAAUAUCACGAAUACGAGGAAGCUGCGAUGCCCGAGACGACGUUCGGUAUCGGGCCGUGGUCGCGCUACCUCGUGCAGCGGUGGACGUUCGGCACUAAGUGCGCCGAGACGCGGAAGCCGCGUGAGGUCGAGGUGCAGAUGCACUGUAGUCUGAGCAGCGGCGACUCGAUCUUCAUGAUCAAGGAGGUCUCGCUGUGUCAGUAUGUGCUCGUCAUUUACACGCCCAGUCUGUGCUCGUUGCCCGCCUUCCGGCCGCAGAGCGCCCUGGACGUAGAGCCCGCUGGCAUCAAGUGCCGCGAGCUGAUGGAGGAUGAUCAGUUCGAGCAAUGGAAUACGGAGCGCAUCGAGCGCGAGCGCCUCGAACACGAGGGCAAGCUCCUCGAGGCUGCCAAGAUCGAGAAGGAGAAGAAGGCGAAGGAGGACGCUGAGAGCCGGAUCCGCGAGAACUCGGAGGUGGAGAAGGACGAGAAGGCUGCCAAGAAGGACGAAUCGGACUCGGGCGCUGAGGGGCAGAAGGGCGGGAAGAAGGGGAAGAAGGGAAGCCACAUCAUUACUGAGGACGAUCUCGCUGCAUUCAAGAUCGCCGGCGGUGACAUGGACGAGACUACCAAGGCCCUCAUUCUCGAAGCCGUGCGUAAAGCGUUCGGCGCGGGAGGUGAGGGCGAGGACAUUGAGAUCAGUUUCCUCGGCCUGCACGACGACGACGACAUACCGGCAGGCGGAGGCGGGUUCGGACUUCCGGUGAUUACGCUGGAAGACUUGGCCGAGGGUGGCAAGGGCGCGAAGGAUUCGAAGGAGGCGCAGGACCUCAAGAACCCGAAAGAUGCCGAGAAGAAGCGCAAGGACGACAGGCACAGACCCACGGUGCAGUUCCGUAACCGCGAGGUCGGCAACAUGGGCGUUCGGGAGGAGAAGAAGCAGGAGGACAGGGCGGGCACAAAAGUUGACGCGGCCGAGAGGGCUGGCAAGCCAAAGGCGAAGGAUGGUGGCGACGAGCAGCCCACUGCGCUCCGGGACGAGCUGUAG